AUGGCUUCUUCGAUCAGCUUUUCAGAUCAGACCAUCAAUCUGGUUCUGCUUGGGAGAAAAGGAUCUGGAAAAAGCAGAACUGGUAAUACUAUUCUUGGAUCUAAUGAAGCAUUUAAAUUUGGAUAUCAAAUCGAGACUAUAUCAUAUGCAAUAGAGAGAGCAUCACGUUUUGACAGACACUUGAGUGUAAUUGAUUCUCCUGGAAUGAAUGAUUUUUUACCAGAGGAAAGUGUGAAAUUGCAAAGAUAUAUUUUAGAAAUGGCUGAGAAGAAUGUCAUAUAUCUUUUAUGUAUUAAGAUUGGUCGUUUCACCGAACAAGAAAAUAUAUUGAUUGAGCAAUACAUAAGGUAUAUUGGUCAAGAUUUUGAAAAAAGGACCAUUAUUAUCUUUACUCAUUUAGACGAGUGGAUAUCAGAUUGUCAGGAUCAAGGCAUAUUGGAGCCAAAAUUUGAAGAAUUCAUCGCAACUCUCGAAAAGAACACUAUUGGGCUUCUUGAAAAAUUCGAUAUGAGAUAUAUAUCUUUAAACAAUAGAAAAAGUGGAAAUGAUGAAAUUGUGAAACAAAUAAUAUGCAUGGCGGAAGAGUUAACUCAACAUUCGUCUGUUUCGAGACCUGUUACUCACCAUCAAUGUGAACUCGAAGUCGAAAGUCGGUCAAUAUUGUGUUGUAAUUUUAUGUAA